UAGGUGUGAAUGUGUAGCCGGCUCGGCAUAUUGUUGCCCUUCUCUUUCCAACGAACAGCUGCACUUUCCUCCUUACCUCCUCCCAAGCAGAGCACAUGUCUCUGUAGUACUACCGAGGAGGAGAAGGAUGUGCAAGGGGAGGAGGGGUAUCUUUCAGGAAGGAGAGAGCCCUUUCAAAGUUCCACGCUGCAGUCUGUCCUUGCCACUGGGGUUGGGUACAGCCCCAGCUGCUCUGGCCUGCUGAGGUCCCACUGGAAGAAUUGCUAAACUGCCACCUACUUCUGAGCAUUGUUCAACCUGGCAGGAUCCUCAGAACCAGGAGGUAAGCAAAGACAGCUGAAGCCGACUGUGCAGGAUUCCCCUGGCACUUCUGGCCCCAGCCCCUACCACUCCCUCUCCCUGGCAGCCUGUGUUCUGGGUCUCACCUAGACAAGACUGAGUAGGAACAAGCCAUCUCACAGCCACAGCCAUGAAUUUCCUCCGGCGGCGCCUAUCUGACAGCAGCUUCGUGGCCAACCUACCUAAUGGCUACAUGACGGACCUGCAGCGCCCAGACAGCUCCACUAGCUCCCCGGCUUCCCCAGCCAUGGAGAGAAGGCACCCCCAGCCCCUGGCAGCCUCCUUCUCCUCCCCAGGAUCCGGCCUCUUUGGCUCCUUCUCCAGUGCCAUGAAGCAGACCUCCCAGGCCCCCUCAGGGCUGAUGGAGCCUCCGGGUCCCUCCACACCCGUUAUUCAAAGGCCCAGGAUCCUGUUGGUGAUCGAUGAUGCCCACACAGACUGGGCCAAGUAUUUCCUUGGAAAGAAGGUGAAUGGAGAGAUUGAGAUCCGAGUGGAGCAGGCUGAAUUCUCAGAGUUGAACCUAGCCGCCUAUGUCACAGGGGGCUGCAUGGUGGACAUGCAGGUCAUGAGGAAUGGGACCAAGGUUGUGAGAUCCUUCAAGCCCGACUUCAUCCUGGUCCGCCAGCAUGCCUACAGCAUGGCCCUGGGUGAAGACUACCGCAGCCUGGUCAUUGGCCUGCAGUACGGAGGGCUGCCUGCUGUCAACUCCCUCUACUCCGUCUACAACUUCUGCAGCAAGCCCUGGGUGUUUUCUCAACUCAUUAAAAUCUUCCACUCCCUGGGUCCUGAGAAGUUCCCGCUUGUAGAACAAACAUUUUUCCCCAACCACAAGCCAAUGCUCACAGCCCCUCACUUUCCUGUGGUGGUCAAGCUGGGACAUGCCCACGCUGGAAUGGGAAAGAUCAAAGUAGAAAAUCAGCAUGACUACCAGGACAUCACCAGCAUGGUGGCUAUGGCCAAGACCUAUGCCACCACCGAGGCCUUCAUCGACUCCAAGUAUGACAUCCGCAUCCAGAAAAUCGGAUCCAACUACAAGGCCUACAUGAGAACGUCCAUCUCUGGAAACUGGAAGGCCAACACAGGCUCCGCCAUGCUGGAGCAGGUGGCCAUGACAGAGAGGUACAGGCUGUGGGUGGACAGCUGUUCAGAAAUGUUUGGCGGCCUGGACGUCUGUGCCGUCAAGGCUGUCCACAGCAAGGAUGGCAGAGAUUACAUCAUUGAGGUGAUGGACAGCUCCAUGCCCUUGAUUGGAGAGCACGUGGAAGAGGACAAACAGCUGAUGGCCGACCUCGUUGUCUCCAAAAUGAGCCAACUCCUGCUGCCAGGGGGGACAGUGCCCUCACCCCUGAGGCCUUGGGCUCCACAGAUGAAACCUGCGAAAUCCCCAGGUCCCACCCACCUGGGGCCUCCACCUGGACAGCCGCAGCCACGCCCACCCACACAAGGGGGACCUCGCCAAGCACAGUCUCCUCAGCCCUCAAGAUCUGGGAGCCCCUGCCAACAGAGGCUCUCCCCACAAGGCCAGCAGCCCCUGAGCCCCCCAUCUCCACAGCUGUCCCGGGCAUCCAGUGGCAGUUCUCCAAACCAGGCCUGCAAGCCAGGCUCCCCCCUCACCUCGCAGCCCCGGCCCCCAACUCAAGGCCGCAGCCGCUCCCAGCAGGGCGAAGAGUCAAAGCCAGCACCGCCCCACCCCCAUCUCAACAAAUCCCAGUCCCUGACCAACAGCCUCAGCACAUCUGACACCUCCCAGCGCGGGACCCCAAGUGAAGACGAGGCCAAGGCCGAAACCAUCCGCAACCUGAGGAAGUCUUUUGCCAGCCUGUUCUCUGACUAGCGCUGCCCCCGGCUGCACGGGGGAUGCUGUGAACUCUCCCUUCCGCUGCCUCAUCUUCCUUCUCAGCCUCGGUUCCUAACGGGACCAGAAUGGAGGGCCUGAGAAUGUACUUUCUAAAUGCCUUUGGCCCAGGAACUGAGUAUCUGUACGUGUUCCCCCCUCCUUUACUCUGACCAUCAGCAACAUCCGAGUGGUGGGCCUCGGAGCGCCUCCAGCUUCCUCCAGAUGGGCCUUCCCGACAGGCAUCGCACCGCCCUGCCCACCCAGACGCUUGCUUCCGCGCCCCAGAUGACCAAGGGAGAUGUCUGCGAGCGGCUAGUUCUCACAUUUCUUCUUGUAAGGUUUUGCUUGCCUUUGGGCAAAGGUCCCCUCUAGGACUUGCCCCAUCUCUCAAGCAGGGGCUGUAGUCAGACCUCAGCAAUACUGGAGGCAAUGAUCUUUUUGCAAACAAAAGGAGAAAAGCCCAGCAAGGGGGACCUUACCCGUGUAGUUCCAUUCAGGCUUGAGGCCGCCCCGCAGGCCAGGCAGGCAAAGCCCCCAAUGCCUGGCCGAUGGUGGGAAUCCUAAGGCCCACAGAAAGAAACCAGACCCCAUAUGUCAAGCAGGCCUUUCAGAACUCAAAAGAAAUGGUGGGGGGCGGGGGGGAGUCUUGAAUGCAGCUCACGCCCAGAUUGGACAGCCAAGAACAGACCACAGGUUCCUCUGGGAAUCCUCGCCGGUUCCCAGAGGAGGAAGAGGCCCUCGCUUCCCCCAGAACAAGUGAGAUUAGGUCUCCUCCUCCACCCAUUCUGUGUUACACCACCAGGAAUUCUCUCUGAAUUCCCGUCAGGAAUGGUGUUUCCUCCUCAAGGAUACAUGAAGGCCCAGAGAGAAUCAGUAGAUCAAUGACACAGCGUCAGAAAGUGCAAUGAUUGUAACUCCAAGGUCGGCAUUUCACUAACUGCGUACAGCGAGGAGUUGGUAGGUUCUUCAACUACACAAGGGUCUCAUGGUCAAACGUGUUUAAAAACACUGUUCAUAGUUCCUUUUUUAAGAUUAGGUAGUAUACACUCCAUGUCAAAGGCUCUUGGAAGUCCUGCAGUCAAGAAAUUCAGCUUUAACCCAAGCUAAGAAAUCAGCUGUUUAACCCACACUUACUUGACUCAGCACGUGAACUGCACCGCUGUCCAGUGUAGUCCUGAUUCCCUCUCAGCACUCUUUCCCCCACCUCAGAUUGCCUCCCAUGAUCAGAUCAGGUGCAGGGGUGUCCCAAACCACCUCCCCCCUGGUGCUAGAAACAUUACAGGGGCCAGAACCAGCCUCCUGGUCCCAAAAAGAGCCCAGGAUAUUAGAAUAUAGCCAUGCUACCCCCCCCUUACAGCCCACUUGGCAACUUGAGACGUGUCUUCCCCCGCUGUCCACUGGGAAGGAGAGAGCAAGGUAAAAGUUUAAGGUCCUUGGCCUGAAGCUACAUUCUGAACAAACGUGUGGGAGGAAGCUUGUAGGUCUGAGUGGAACAUAUUUCAGGAGGCAAAGAACACAGAAAAUACCUGAGGCCAUCAUCAUCAUCAGUCUUCUGCAUCGGAGAUUACGAUCAGAAUCAAAGUCAAACACUCUCGCCUGACUCCCAUUUAGUAAUAAAAUAUAGCUUAAACACACAAGGUGGUGGUGGGCUAGACAAAGUUGCUCAGUGUGGUCCAUGGCUAGAGCAUAGCUAACUCCAUUCCAGAACAAAGGAGUCAGGAUUUCUGGUCCUAAGGCCCAGACCUUGUAUCUCUGUCAGUCUCCCCAAAUGCUUGGAAUGCAUAUUAAAGCUGGACCACAAGCCCUGAGCCACACCAUGUGGGAAAGUCACUACAUGAGAUACAUCACACCCAGGGACUCCUUCGGUGAGCAAAGCUAGUGGCCCCAUAAACGACUAUGUGGCUUAAAUUUUCUCACAUUCCUAUAUUGUCCCUUUUCCCUAAAAACACCCCAACAUUCAACCCAUUUCUCCCAGAUAUUCCAACUACAGUAGCACAGACUCCUUUUUCUGGCCAGGAACCCUGAUUUUUAUAACCAUGCACAGAUGACCCAUAGCCGAACACUAGUUUGUAACCAACACAUCUAAAUAAAAUUUCCCAUUGGUCUGUGCAUGAAUGUGGAGACCAAAAAGGGUCUUGUGGAGACCACGGAUCCCCAAAUGGACUGCUUCCUCAAAUAGGCUGGCACAUGUAACCUCCAAAUAUUUAAUAAUUGUGGCAUUUUUUUAAAUGGUAAAGGACAAAAAGAGGAGGGGAUUCACUCUGUAGAGAUUCUGAAAGGUUGUGUUUGUCAUUUUUCACUUUGUUUCCUAACUUUGACCCAAGGAAAGGUUAAAUUUCCCUCCAGACUUGGUGAGGCUAGAACAUGACAAAGACCCACCUUGCUGUGCUAACGUGUAGCUCAACAAAUAGGGAUUUAAAAAUGCAGCCUCAGUGGAUACCUGCACCAGCCAGAGAAAAUACUGCUUCCAGAUCUUUGUCAUCUCAGCAUGAUAAAAUGGCACAAUAAUUAAAUAAAAGAUCAGCUUUUCAGGGACAGUGGAUUACACAUACCCUUUCUCAUUAAUUCUGUGCUCCUUUCAUCAUUACUACAUUCUCUCCUAACAUUCUGUCCCUGCAGAUGGGUCAUGUAGUUACACCUUUCCAAAAUUCCAGGGGUGAUGGGCCAUCGCUCACGUGGCAGCAAACAUGACAGCAAACCUCAUGAGCCUGAACAUUAGCCACCUGCAAGUCCUCAUCUGAGCCUGCUAUGAAAGGAGUUCAAGGAGAGCGCGAACCGGUGCAGGUAGCACAUGAAUGAGCUCAGACAGCAAAGCACAGAGCACAUUGCUUGGCACACAGCAGGUGUUGAGGUUGACCUUCCUAGAAAACUAUGAGAUUAAUAAAAUGUCAACAGUGUUAAGACUGAAUAAAAAGCCUGUUUUCCUGAGAGUACCAAUGUGAGGAAGUCACCUGCCCAGGAACAGAAUCAAACCAACAGAGAGAUUAGGAUGAUGAGAUAAAAAGCUAAAGAAAUCUAUGGCUGCUUUUUAACCUUAAAAAGAUUUCAGGCUCUACACCGAGCUGAAAAGGAAGAGGAGGAAGCAGAGGCAGGG